AUGCUCCGUCCUCCAUUAGUUAAUAACAGUGAUCCAACACACAUAUCCUUAUCCUCUAUAGAGGCUGAUAAUGCUUACCGAAAGGGGAUUCAGAUGCUCACGGAAUGCAAGAAUCCAUCUCUAGGCGAUCCUGAAGCUCUCAAAUUGUUAGCCAGUGCCGCAAAUUCAGGACACACCAAGGCACGUGAAGCCAUAGCAAUGGCGUCAGCUCUCGCUUGGGGUGGUCUUCAACUAUCUAUUAAUAAAGCUCUGGACGAUUUUCAACGAUUGGCUAGUGAGGGAAAUCCAAGGGGCCAGCUGGGGUUGGGCUUAAUGAACGCAGCUGGAAUCGGUGUCAAUGCAAGUGUUCCUCAGGCUCUUGUUUAUCUCACUUUCGCUGCAUUUGGUGGAGAUGAAAUAGCAGAGAUGUCUAUGGGCUAUCGUUACUUGGCUGGUAUAGGGGUCGAGCCAAACUGUGAGACGGCACUGGCCUACUAUCGUCGUGUGGCUAGUCGAGUAGCCGAACAGGUAGAGAAUCGGGUGAAGGCAGGUGCCGGUCCCAUCCUCAUGGGGCCCACAGUGGUCCGUAUUAAUCUCCUAGAAGAACGUGAACAGACCGCAGGUGGCACUUCAGGCACAGCCCUCUCCAACUACUUCAUCUCUGACGACAUUCUUGCCUACUAUAAAUUCGUCGCCGACUCGGACAAUGUGACGGCACAAGUAACACUGGGACAGCUCUACUACAAUGGACAGCAUGGAAUUGACCUCAAUCACAAACUUGCUCUUUUCUACUUCAAACGAGCCGCAGAGUCCGGAAGCUCUUUGGCUAUGGCAUAUCUUGGUGAGAUGUACCUGGUAGGCAGCCCGGAUGUUCCUAAAGACGAAGCUCUGGCACUCAGUUACCUCCAGCGUGCAGCUUCUGCGGGCAAUCCCAUGGCACUUACUGGCCUCGGUCUGGCCUACCUUCAUGGUCGAGCUGGACUGACCCCGGAUCCUGUGAAAGCCAUGGACUACUUCGUUAAAGCUGCCGACCAGGGCUGGCCUGAGGCUCAACUCCAGCUGGGUCUCCUUUUCAUGGGUACCCUGGGUUUUAAGGCAGACUACAAAAUGGCGCUCAAGUAUUUCACUUUAGCUUCUCAGCAGGGCAACACCCUUGCCUUUUACAAUUUGGGUCAGAUGCACGCAACUGGGAUGGGUGUAUUCCGCUCCUGCUCAACAGCCACUGAGCUCUUCAAGAAUGUGGCCGAACGUGGUAGGUGGUCUCAGCUCCUCACUUCGGCCUAUCUGGAGUACUGGUCGGGCAAUCAUGAGGUGGCUCUUAUCCAAUACCUCGCUUUAGCUGAACUUGGUUACGAGGUUGCGCAGAGCAACGUUGCUCUUAUCCUAGAGGAAGAAAAAUUUGACUUUAUUCCCGACUUGGAGCGAUACAAGCGAGCGUUUGUCUACUGGAAGCGCUCAGCCUCUCAGGGCUCAUCCACGUCGAGAGUGAAGCUAGGUGAUUACCACUUCUAUGGCCUAGGUACUGAGGUUAACUAUGAUCAGGCUAUCCAGGAGUACCGCAUCGCUUCCGACGUUCUCAGAAAUGCUCAAGCCAUGUUUAAUCUCGGCUACAUGCAUGAGCAUGGCCUUGGCUUCAAGCGGGACAUUCACUUGGCGAAGCGAUUCUACGAUAUGGCAGCCUCAACUUCCACGGAUGCUCAAAUUCCCGCAGCUCUAGCUCUCGCCAAACUUUCUUUCUCCUUUGCUUUGGAAUUCUUCAGAAAAUGUCCUCUAUUCCGCAACUUCUUUGGAUCCUUCUCAGGUCUUUCGGAAGGUGCUGAACUACCUGGCGUGUCGGGAAAAAUGGAUUGGGACUUUUACGCCAUUCCAAUCUUAGCAGGUCUAUUGUCACUCCUUGUAGUCUAUUUGCGCCUGGCUCGAUAA